UCCGGGACUUUAAAUAGAGGCGUCCACUGGGCGCAGCAAUUAGAGCGUGUUUUAGGAGGCAGACAAUAAGCGACCACUGACUUUAACAUUUUUCAGUCUGUUGAACUCACCCCGCUGCGCUUUUACCUGGACAGGAUGGCCAGCUCUGGACUGCAGAUCGUUGGUUUUCUCCUCUCCUUAGUUGGAGUUUCUGCUACUAUUGCCGCUACUUUCAUGGUCGAGUGGGGAAAGGACACUCAAGCAAAAUAUCGUACCUAUGACGGUCUGUGGAUGUCCUGCAGCGGCACCUCCGAGAGGGCCACCUGCGAAAAUUACAAGCAUCUACUGAAACUCCCAAUUGAGGUCCAGGUCACUAGAGCACUGAUGCUGGUCAGCCUCUUCCUCUCCGCCAUGGCGCUGAUAGUCUCCAUACUGGGAAUGAAGUGCACUCGCUUCAUGGAUGCAGUGCCACAGAGCAAAGUCCAAGCGGCUGUCUGCGGAGGAGGGCUGUUCAUAGUCGCUGGUGUCUUGACCAUCAUCGUUACAUCCUGGUACGUCAGUAGGAUGGUUGAGGUCAACGAAAAGGCACAUCGACUCCUAAACAGAGAAUUUGGUCACGCAGUGUUCGUCAGCUGGGCGGGUGGAUUCUUCACUGCGCUCGGUGGAGUGAUCCUGAGCUUACGGAGAUGUUGGGGGUUCAGUGGCUCAUCAGAGUCCAUAAGCACCAAUCAGCUUCUCUCCACUGCAAAGUCCAAUUACGUCUAGAAGACAAGUUUGGACUCCAUGCCCCACGGUGGGAUAACUAUGCAUUGUGUCCCAUUUUCAGAUGUAUAAAUGUGAAAAUAAAAUGCAAUAUUGAAAGUUUUCUAUAAGUUGAUUUUAAUAUGAUGUCAUUUUGUAAAAUCAUAUGGAUUCUCUCCACCUUUCUCCUGUUUCCUUGGUUUUUGUAAAGUCUGCUAUACCUUCUGUUCAGCCUCACACUGAUGUCACACUGUCAAUAUGUUCUGCAUUUGUUAAUUACUUGUCUCAUAGUUUUAUAUUAUUGCUCUUGUACAUGGAUGUUUAUAAUAUUUAAGCACUACAUUACUCUGUAUAUCAGUCUGAAAGGCUACCCAGUUUAAAAAUAAAACUAUUUUUUAUGA